AUGCAUCUUGAAAGUAUAAAAAACGAUAACUGGAAGAUAUGCCAAUCAUUGGAUGAUAAAACUAAUAGUGAUGAUGAUAAUGAUGAUCAAUUUUCACGAACAAAUAUGAAGAUUUGUAGAUUUUGUUAUGUGGAAGGAUCGAAUGAAAUUGAUUGGCUUAGACCUUGUAAAUGUUCUGGUUCAAUGUUAUGGGUUCAUAAGCAAUGUUUUAAUUUUUGGUUGGGUAAAGCAUCUGGAAGAAGCAAAAUACAAUGUCAAAUAUGCAAAUUCAGAUAUAAGAAAUUAUUGCUUUUGAAGCCUUGGAAAGAAUGGUGUUUACCGGAUUUGCAUUUAUCAUUUGUUGAUGUGUUAGAAUUGUUAUUCGAUGCAUACUUUUUAUAUCGAAUGAAAUUUAUGCAUACGAUAAAUAGGCCAAUUUCAUUAGUGGUUAGAAUACUUCGAACAUCGUACAUUCUUCAUCGAUUUGGUUUUUAUGUGAGAGUUUUCUCAGCUGUUGCAUCUUCAUUUUUUAGUGUUGUCAUUAUUGAUGCUGUUUAA